UCAGUGAUGGAAUCGGUUGUCUGAAUGUAGUUGGAUGAUUCGCUUGUUAUUUUUCAGGCUUUCCUCUUUUCUCAUAUCAACGUUAAGGUCUUAAAAUUCACUCUGAGACCCACAAGGUUUGGUGCAUUAUAAGUGUUUUCUAAGAGUUGAUUAUUAUUUUUUUUGCUCAUGAAUUAUUUAAAAGUGCGCUUUCAUUUUACAGAAGUUUAUCUUUUUACUAGACUUCUAACCUUAGUUUUCUGUGGUUAGAAAAAUGUCUACAUGAAGCUCAUUCCUUGAAAUAUGAGGGGAGUCAUGGCCUAGUCCUUGGUGAAUUGUUUUAUAAAUGUUCCAUGUAUAAUUCGAAAAUAAUAUUUAAUUGUUUAGUCGUCAAUUGUGUUGUACAAAAUUUGUACUUUUUUUUCCCUGCUAGUUCUAUUACAGAGAAAGGAGAGAUUAAGUCUUCACUGUGAUGAUGAUUUGUUCAUUUCUCCUUCCUGCUGUCCAUGAUACAUUUUGAGUUAAGUUUUGUAUAAAGUGUGAGACUUAGAUCAAGGUGCAUUUAUUUGGCUGUCCAAUUACUCAAGCACCGUUUGUUAAAAAGACGGUAGUUCCUCCACGGACUCGUUCUGUACCUGUGUCAAAAAUAAAUUUGCCAUACUUUUGUGUGGCUAUUUCUAGGUUCUCUAUUAUGUUCCAUUUAUUUAUGUGUCUAUCUAUGUGUCUUUUAUCAUGAAUGUGUGUUGAAUUUUGUCAAUACUGUGUGAAUUUAUAUGGUUUUUCUUCUUUGGCUUGUUAAUAUGGGGGAAUGCCCUUAUUGAUUUUUGAAUAUUGAAUCAGCUUUACAUUCCUGGAAUAAGCCUCACUUGGUUGUGGUGUAUAAUUCUUUUUUUAUAUUGCAGGAAUUGAUUGGUUAAUGCUUUUGUUUUUGAGGAUUUUUGUGUCUAAGUUCGUGAGAGAUGUUGGUCUAUAGUUUUCUUUUUUUGUACUUUCUUUUUCUGGUUUUAGUAUUAGGGUAAUACUGAUCUCAAUAAAUGAGUUAGAAAGUGUUCUCUUCUAUUUUCUGGAAGAGAUUGUGUAGAAUUAUGUUAUUUUUCUUUAAAUAUUUGAUAGAAUUCUCCAGUGAAACCAUCUGGGCCUGGAAAUUUCCUUUUGGAAGCUUUUGAUUAUGGCUUCAAUUUCUGUAGUAGUCAAAUGACUAUUCGGGUUAUCUAUUUAAUAUCUUUUCAGAGUAUCUUCAUAUUUAAUAGUGGGUAAGUUGUGGGAGUCUCUGUUUUGUGAGGAAUUGGACUAUUUCAUCCAAGUUGUUGAAUUUAUGUGCAUAAAGUGGUGUGUGGUAUUCCCUUACUUUUCUUUUAAUGGCUGCAGGAUCUAUAGUUAUAUCUCCUGUUUCAUUUCUGAUAUUGGUAAUUUGUGUCUUAUCUCUUUUUAUCUUUGUCAGUCUUGCUAGAGGAUUACCAAUUUUAUCGGUCUUUUCAAAGAACCAGCUUUUGUUUUCAUUGAUUUUUCUCUAUUGUUUUUGUUUUCAAUUUUAUUGAUUUCUGCUCUUAUAUCUAUUACUUCUUUCUUUCUAUUUGCUUUGGGUUUUCUUUGCUCUUCUUUUUCUAGUAUCUUAUGGUGGGAGCUUACCUUACUGAUUUAAUACCUUAAUUCUUUUCUAAUAUAAACAUUUAGCAUUAUAAAUUUCCCUCUCCAUGCUGCUUUAUCUGUAUCCCGCAAAUUUUGAUAUGUUGUAUUUUGAUUUUCAUUCAUUACUUUUUAAUUUCCCUUGAGACUUCCCCUUUGAUCCAUGGAUUAUAUAGAAAUGUGUUGUUUACUUUCCAAAUGUUUGGAGACUUUCCUGUUACCUUUCUGUUAUUGAUUUCUAGUUUGAUGCUGUUAUAAUCAGGGAACAUAUGCUGUACGAUUUCAAUUUAUUAAGGUUUGUUUUAUGACCCUGGAGAAUGUAGCACAGGUGCUUGAAGAGAAUGUGUAUUCUAUUAGUGUUUGGCUGCAGUAGAAUGGGUAUGUUCAGUUAGGACACCCUUUUCUUGGUCCUUUGAUUAAGGGGAGCAGGCUUUUCUUAGAGCUUUUUUUGUCUGUAGCUAUUGAUGGUUCUGAGUUAUAAGCUUUUCUAGUGCCCUGUUUGUGAUAUAUGGGAGGGAAAAUGAAACCCAGGGAACUCACCGCUGUGUUGUUCCUUAGGCCCUGAGGUCUGUGGACUGUCUGCUUUUCCUUUUUACCUUUCAGAGUCUUUCUGUUUGUAUUUGCUGUUAUGUCAUUUUUUCCCUGGUCUCUUCUACAUUCAUUAUUCUCUUCUACCUGUAUUUUCCUGUAUUAACUUUGUUAAUUUACAUUUUGCUAGGGAAGCAUCUGCUUCACAUCAAUAUUAAAAUAUGUUGCUAUACAGUUAUGCAUAAUAUCCCGCAAUAACUACUUUGAAACACUGCCUGAUCUGGGAAAGAUUCUCAUUCUGUCUCUCUCUCCCUCUCCCUCUCCCUCUCCCUCUCCCUCGCCCUCGCUCUCGCUCUCUCUCUUUCUCUGUGUGUGUGUGUGUGUGUGUGUGUGUAUAUGUUUUUAAACUCUUUUUUAUCUCAUUUGCUAGGGGGUUAUCUGUGACAUCCGUCAUUUUAAAGGACCAGCUCUUUGUUUUCUUUAAACUCCCAUUGUUAUAUUUAUUUGACUUAUUUAAGGUUUUUAUUAGUUACUAUUUUCCUUUCGGGGGGUUGCUUCAUUUUGGUUUUUUUCUACUUCUGACGUUCUCGAUUGAAUACUUAGCUCUUCUUUGUUUUUAUUUAUUUAUUGUAUAAAACAUUUACUUUGUUGGUCUUUGGGGGCAGUUUGAUACAUCACCAGUGUAUCACAGCUGAGCCAUUAAUCUUGUAGCUUCCUCACCAUUAACUGGUUCAUUUUUAUGACACUGCUGAGGAGUCUGCUGUUUCUGCAGAGGUUCAAGAGAAAGGCCUUUUAAGAAAUGUGCAGGUUCCUUUUGUAUAUCUCCAGAAGCUGUUUCCACUCUAUUAACUUUUUCAUCAUUCACAGUGUUUAUCUUCUUAAGAUUAGUGGUAACUGGUUUUUGCUGUAUUUUUUUUUUUUUUUUUUUGCGGUACACGGGCCUCUCCCUGCUGUGGCCUCUCCCGUUGCGGAGCACAGGCUCUGGACGCGCAGGCUCAGCGGCCAUGGCUCACGGGCCCAGCCACUCCGCGGCAUGUGGGAUCCUCCCGGACCGGGGCCCGAGCCCGUGUCCCCUGCAUCGGCAGGCGGACUCUCAACCACUGCGCCACCAGGGAAGCCUGUUUCUUUUCUUUUAAAACAGAUUUAUUUAUUUAGAUAUAUAAAACAGACUUAUUUAUAUAUAUUCAAUACCUUAAGAUUCACCCAUUUAAAGUAUACAAUUCAGUGGUUUUUAGUACAUUCACAGAGUUGUUCAGUCAUCACCACAAUCUAAUUUUAGAAUAUUUUCAACACACCAGAAAGAAACCUUGCACACAUUAGCAGAUAUUCACCAUUCAUGCCACCCCCUACCCCCAGCCCUAGGCAACUUCUAAUCAGUUUUCUGUCUCUAUAUAUUUGCCUAUUCUGGACAUUUCAUAUAAAUGGAAUCAUAAAAUAUGUGGUCUUUGUGACUGGCUUCUUUCACGUACGAUAAUGAUUUCAAGGUUCAUUCAUGUUAUAGCGUGUAUUGGUACUUCUUUUUUUAUUGCCAAAUAAUAUUCCAUUGUAUGGACACACCAAAUUUUGUUUAUCUGUUCAUCAGUUGAUGGACAUUUAAGUGCUUUCUGCUUUUGGGCUAUUAUGAAUAAUACUGCUGUGAAUAUUUGUAUACAAGUUUUGGAGUGGACAUGGGUUUUCAUUUCUCUUGGUAGAUACCUAGGAGUGGAACUGCUGGGUCAUAUGACAACUCUAUGGGUAGCAUUUUGAGGAACUGCCAACCUGUUUUUCAGAGUGGCUGCACCAUUUUACAAUUCUACCAGUAACGUAUGAGCUCAGUUUCAUUCACAUCUCACAAACACUUGUUACUAUCUUUUUUUUUUGCCAUCUUUGUGUAUAUGAAGUAGUCUCCUAAUGAAUAGAACAUUUUUGAUUUUUAAAAAUAUUUAUUUAUUUUUUGGCUGCGUCGGGUCUUAGUUGCGGCAUGCAGGACCUUUUGUUGUGGCGUGCAGGCUCUUCGUUGCAGUGCGCGGGCUCCAGAGUGUGUGGGCUCUGUAGUUGCAGCAGUCAGGUUCUCUAGUUGUGUCGCACGAGCUUAGUUGCCCCAUGGCAUGUGGGAUCUUAGUUCCCUGACCAGGGAUCAAACUGGCGUCCCCUGCAUAGCAAGACAGAUUCUUAACCACUUGACCACCAGGGAAGUCCCAGAACAUUUUUGGUUUUGAUUACAUUUCCCUAAGGACUAAUGACGUUGAACAUCUUAUACUAUAAUCAGAGAAUGUAGUCUGUCAAUUCCCAACAUUCAGACAUCUACAAGAUUUUUUGUGUGGCCAGGUUAUUUGAUAGAAUUUUGUAAAAGUUCCAUGGGUGUAAGAAAAGAAAGCAUAUUCUCUUUCUUUGGCACAACAUCAUCUUUAUGUGUUUAAAAUUUAAUUUGUUCAUACCUUUAAUUUUAUUUUACUCCUUAUUUCUUUUACUCUGUUGUUUCCUCUUCAUCUCAUUUCUUACUUUUGUUGUCCUAAUUAAGUUCCUCUUCAUUUUAUGUGAUAUUUACCCUUUCCCAACAAGAAUGACUAAAUCUGUAGUGCCUGUAUUAGUUGAUCGUAAUGAAAUUGUACCUCAAUUUGGACACAGAGACACCCUCCCCUCCCUAGUUCCCUCAACAGGAGAAACAUUUUUCACCUCUGGAUGUUUUUGAGGUUUCUUGGAGUCUCUGUGGAGCCCCUGGGCCAGACCCCAUAGUGAAGGCUGCAGGAUCUUCCUUCAGGCCCCAGCAGCUCUGGUUGAGUCCACAGGUGCCCACCUGACCUCGGGUUCCUGGGAAGAGUGGAGUUGUCAGCAAGAGAGCCCGGGUGCUUAGGCCCAGGGGGAAGAUGCCAGCCAACCGGUGCGCUCCUGGGCCAUCCCUGGCCCUGACUACAGGGGGGUGUGACAACUCCUGUGAGGUACUGGUGUGCGUGGAGGAUGCUCCCAAGGCAAGAAGCUCCAAGAAAGUGAACCAAAUCAAACUUCUGAAAUGGAAAUUUUCCAAAGAUGGUGUCAGUGUCCUUUGAGGACGUGACUGUGGACUUCAGCAGGGAGGAGUGGCAGCAGCUGGAUUCUACUCAAAGGCGCCUGUACCAGGACGUGAUGCUGGAGAACUAUAGCCACCUUCUCUCACUGGGGUGUGAAAUUCCCAAGCCAGAGGUCAUCUUCAAGUUGGAGCAAGGAGAGGAGCCUUGGACGUUGGAGGAGGAAACCCCACAUCAGAGCUGCUCAGAUGAAAAGUUUGGGAUUAAGACCUCACAAAAAAGAAUUUCUGGAAAAGUUUCAUUUCAUAGUGAAAUGGAGGGUGAAGAUACAAGAGAUGAUUCAUUGUAUUCCAUUUUAGAAGAACUGUGGCAUGGUGCUGAACAGAUAAAAAGCUAUCAGGAAAAACAGAACAAACCUCUGAGUCAUGCUGCUUUCAUCAAUAAGAAAAUAUUGAAUACAGAAUGGGAUUAUGGAUAUAAAGACAGUGGAAAAUUUGUUCAUCCAGGCCCAAAUCGUAUUCCUUCACAGAAAAGAUCCCAUAAACGUGACUCAUUUGGAAAGAGUUUAAAGUAUAAUUUAGAUGUACCUAUUCAUAAUAAAAACAAUGCAACAAAGAACUUUGAUAAAAUUAUUGGACACGGUGAAGUUUUCACCCAGAGCUCUUCUUAUACUAACCAUGAAAAUACACAUACAGGAGUGAAAUUCUGUGACAGCAAUCCAUGUGGAAAAGUCUUCAGCUUCAAACAAGCACUCAGUCACAAUCUGAAAUUUCCUGUUGGGGAAAAAGCAAAUAUGUGUACUGAACUUGGGAAGAUCUUCACCCAGAGGUCACACCUCUUUGCACCUCAGAGAAUUCAUACUAUGGAAAAACCUCAUGAACUUAGCAAAUGUGUGAAUGUUUUUACACAGAAGCCACUACUCAGUAUAUAUUUGAGAGUUCAUAGAGAUGAAAAACUGUAUAUAUGUUCUGAGUGUGGGAAGGCGUUCAUCCAAAAUUCAGAAUUAAUUAUGCAUGAGAAAAUUCAUACUAGAGAAAAACCCUAUAAAUGUAGUGAAUGUGGAAAAUCAUUUUUCCAAGUGUCAUCUCUACUUAGGCAUCAGACAACCCAUACUGGAGAAAAACUUUAUGAAUGCAGUGAAUGUGGGAAAGGCUUCUCCCUCAACUCAGCCCUCAAUGUACAUCAGAAAAUUCAUACUGGAGAGAGACACCACAAGUGCAGUGAGUGUGGGAAAGCCUUUACCCAAAAAUCAACGCUCAGAAUGCAUCAGAGAAUUCAUACAGGAGAGAGAUCCUACAUAUGUACUGAAUGUGGGCAGGCCUUCAUCCAAAAGGCACACUUGAUUGCACAUCAAAGAAUUCAUACUGGAGAGAAGCCUUAUGAAUGCAGUGACUGUGGGAAAUCUUUCCCUUCUAAGUCACAACUCCAGAUGCAUAAGCGAAUUCACACAGGAGAGAAACCCUAUAUAUGCACUAACUGUGGGAAGGCCUUUACCAACAGGUCAAAUCUCAAUACUCACCAGAAAUCUCAUACUGGAGAGAAGUCUUAUAUAUGUGCAGAAUGUGGAAAAGCCUUCACAGACAGGUCAAAUUUCAAUAAACACCAGACAAUUCAUACUGGAGAGAAACCCUAUGUCUGUGCUGAUUGUGGGAGGGCCUUCAUCCAGAAGUCAGAGUUAAUUACACAUCAGAGAAUCCAUACUACAGAGAAGCCUUACAAAUGUUCUGACUGUGAGAAAUCCUUCUCCAAGAAACCACAUCUCAAAGUACAUCAGCGAAUUCACACAGGAGAGAAACCAUAUAUAUGUGCAGAAUGUGGGAAAGCCUUCACUGACAGGUCAAAUUUCAAUAAACACCAGACAAUUCAUACUGGAGAGAAACCCUAUAAAUGUAGUGACUGUGGAAAGGGCUUCACUCAGAAAUCAGUUCUGAGUAUGCAUCGCAAUAUUCAUACAUGAAAGUAAACCUGUUUCUUGAAAAUGAGAAAACCUUAUCACAGAAAUCAGGUCUAAGUGUGUAUUAUAAAAUUCAACCAAGACCGAUCAUAUAUGAAUACAUUGUAUAAUAAAAAGAAUUCAUCAGGCUGUUUCACCUGAGAGGAGAAAAAUUAUUUGGAAGAGACCCUCUAAGAAUGCACUGAAUGAAGGGGAACUUCCAUAUUUUCACAGCCUCACAAAAUAUAAUAGAAUUCAUACCAGGGAAAAUGCUGUCAGUUUGAGGCAUUAGGAAAAGCCUUCCUGUACAAAGUAUUAUAUAAGGCAAGUUAUUAUCAAAUUCUUUAUAGAUGGAGUAUGCAAAAUCAUCUAAAUGACUGUAAUGUUUACUGUGUUAUAUUAAGCAAUUUAAAGUGGCAACAAAACAAAAGGUAGGACAACAAAAUGAUAUAUUUAAUGUGUAGACCUGCUCUCAGUUCUGUAGAGUAUUUGCAGCAGAACACAUUGCACAAUGGGAGGAAUAAUUGAAUUGAAAAUUUUUUUUGGAUUUAAUGUAAUUGUGUCUAUCAAAUAUGUUUCCUAUUGAAUAUUUUGCUCAUGUGAAUCCACAGUUUUAAAGUCAUUAUGGUUUUAUAUAUACACACAUCUGCUGAUAUUAUUUUACACGAAUACAUACAUAUAAUCCUAUCAUUCAUACUGGUUUCCAUGACAUCGUAUUUUUAUCUUCCUUCAUUGUGGUACAAUGCAAAAUAGCCACAGAUCUCUCCCAUCCUUUUAUGCACCCCACUUUGUAAUAUUACUCUGUUGUUUUUCUUAUUAAGAGGUGGAGCUCUCUCUCUACUCCUUGACUCUGAGCUUGGCCAUGUGACUUGUUUUGGCCAAUGUACAUUAACAAAGAGAUUCAAGAAGAUGCUGGGGAAGUGUGUAAAGCCUGCCUCGAGUCUUACCCUCUCUUGCUGCUCUUUGGAAUUCCAAGACCUUCAUGUGAAGAAACUCAGAUUACUGAGGGAUGAGAAGCCACAUGGAACAGAGAUGAACCAGGCCAGCUGAAGCCCCUUAGACCAAAUGCCAGACAUGGGAGUGAGGCUUUCAUCAACCUCCAGCCCCAGCCACACCAGCCCACACCAGAAGAGCCACACCAGUUAUCCCAGCCAACCUGGAGAAUUAUGAGAUAAAUAAAAUGAUUAUUGUUUUAAGCUACUAAGUUUGGGGUAGUCUGUUGCACAGCAAAUGCUAAGUAAUACCUAAAAGUGUACGUCUACUGGGGGUAUUGUUUCAAAAUAUAAGACGUGACAUUAGCUUUGGGCCUGGGCAGCAGGCAGAGACUGGAAAAACAAUGAGGAAAACUGUUAAGAAAGGCUGGAAAAGAUGGCAGUCUGUGUUGUUUAGUAAGGGAAAGAAAUAGCAAAACAGUCACCAUCAUCUGUGGAAAGAUAGAGAAUGUACCAAAUGAACUUGUGGAUCUGGCUAAAGAGAUUUCCAACAGAAUGUUGGAAUUAUCAGUUUGCUUCUUUUAGCUGCAUGUGAUAAGAUACAGAAAGAAAAGUAUGAACUAAGCAAAUAACUGUUCCAUUUGUGAGCAGAAUUCAGAAGAAAU